GCAGUGGCGGCUGGCUCCUUCUGCAGCUCAAGGGCAGCGUGGGUGUUUAAAACAUUAUACUGGAUCUUGGUAUGCUCUAAGAUCUGGCAAAACACUCGAUUCCGCGUUCUAUAUUCCGUGCCAAAGACACCACGUGGAGCGAUGGACAUGUCCCUCGAUGAUCUCAUCAAGUCGCGCCAGCCAGCCAAGGGUCGGCCCGCGCCAUCGAAAGUCAAGGUCUCGCCGCCGAGAGCCGCGGCCCCGUUGUCGCCGACGGCCGGGGACCCCAUGACCAUGUCCUUGGAUGAUCUGAUUGCGUCCAAGAAGAAGGCGCGCGAGUCUGUCAAAGCCAAGACGAUCCCGCCAGUCAAGAAGCAGCAGGUCGCGCAGGCCCACGCCAAGCAGAAGCGUCGGUCCGCGGUCAACGAGCGGCGUGGCGUAGCGCAGGCGCCCGAGCCGCCCGUGCGUCGCGGUGGCCGGCCUCCGCGGCGCCGCCCCGCCGCGGCCGCGCUGCCCAACUGGGCCAAGCACAGCUUGGAACACCCGACCAAGUUUGAGGUGCCAAAAGGCAUGAACUUCAAGAUUUCAAUUGCCAUGGACAACGUCCGUCCCGUCGUGGGCAUUCCGCCGCAGCGGUAAAGAUCCACGCGUCCGCUGCCAUCCUAGCACCGACCGCCGUGACCCGUCGUCGUCGAAUCGUCGCAGUCGUUUUCUUAAUGCUACGAAAAAAGAUAUCCGGUCAGUUGUCAUCC